ACUGAGGGUCCUCUAUGAGGAGGGUGGGGGGAGCAGUGGGUGGGGUGUCAGCACCAACAAAGUGUCUAUAUGUGUCUAUAGCUCAGUUCAUUCUGAUCUUGCUUUCGGAGAGAUGGAACUUUAAGGAUAUGAUUCUUCCACCUCCCUUGCUGGCACCCAGAAAGUAAGCACAGGAUUAACUGGAGCUGCAGCCAUUGAAGUAUCCUAGGGUGUGUGUGAGAGUGGCAAGGGACCAUGAGCUGGAGGCUGCUGUGUGCGCUGCUCAUACUGUUAGGGCUCAUCGGUACCAGUGAUUCUGCGGCCUGCAGUGGUUGUGGAACUAGCAAAUGUGACUGCAGUGGAGUAAAAGGGCAAAAAGGUGAGAGAGGUCUGCCUGGUUUACCUGGAUUAAUGGGCUUUCCUGGACUUCAAGGACCAGAAGGACCACCGGGACCAUUGGGUCAGAAGGGUGACACAGGGGAACCAGGUCUUCCUGGCACAAAAGGAACCAGAGGUCCACCUGGUUCGCAUGGAUUCCCAGGAAAUCCAGGUCUUCCUGGUAUACCUGGGCAAGAUGGUCCACCAGGUCCAUCUGGGAUUCCAGGGUGUAAUGGCACUAAGGGUGACAGAGGACCCCUCGGACCACCUGGGCUUCCAGGAAUAAUUGGUUAUCCUGGAUCACCUGGGCAACCAGGGCCAAAAGGAGAACCUGGAGAUAUUACUGGAAUCGAUGUAUCUAUGAUCAAAGGAGAAAAAGGUUUUCCUGGAAUUAACGGAAUACCGGGUACACCUGGAUUGCCAGGGACACCAGGACCUAUGGGACCAAUUGGGCCACCAGGAUCUGCAGGACCUCCUGGUUCACAUGGUGCCCCAGGACCAAAGGGUGAAAUGGGCAUAAGUUUCUAUGGACCAAAAGGGGAGAGGGGUGAUCGGGGACCUCCAGGUGCUCCUUGCAAGCCUUCCACUGAACCUCAAGGAAGUGAGAAUGAGCAAGUAUAUUACGGAGAAAAGGGAGAAAAGGGUAUGCCUGGUGAAAACGGAGAACGUGGACAACCAGGACAAAGCUUUAAGGGUGAAAAAGGAGAGCCUGGCCCAUUAGGGCCUCGAGGCAAACCUGGGAAAGACGGUGACCAGGGUGAAAAGGGACUUCAAGGAGUUCCAGGUAUUCCAGGAUUUCCAGGACCUCCAGGAUUUGGUGGAACAAAAGGAGAAAAGGGUGAAUCCGGACCACAAGGGCCUCCAGGAAUUGUAGUAUCGAAUGGUGAAAUAGAAGUUUGUGAAAAAGGGGAUCGCGGACUACCUGGUUUUCCUGGCAGCAAGGGAGAUAAAGGACUUAAAGGUGCACAGGGAUUUCCAGGCAUACCAGGAUCCCCAGGGGUUCCUCUUCCUGGAUCUACUGGGCCACCAGGUUUUCCUGGUGAGAGAGGUGAAAAGGGUCAACAUGGAUUGCCAGGACUAGCCCUUCAAGGGCCAAAAGGCAGAGAUGGGUUUCCUGGUCCUCCUGGAUUACCUGGGCCACCAGGUGCAAUAGAUACAAGCAUAGAAUGUAAAUCUGGGCAGCCCGGAGACCCUGGAUUACCUGGCAAUCCUGGACAAAAUGGAUUCCAAGGGGAAAGAGGGCAGAAAGGUGAUAAAGGUGACGCAUGUCCUUCAUGCGAUUUAGUUCCACCAGGGCUUCCUGGACCACCAGGUCCUCAAGGACCUCCUGGAGAUCAAGGUGCUUCUGGUGUACCAGGAAUCAAAGGAGACAGAGGUCACCCAGGCUAUGAUGGGCCACCAGGGGCUCCGGGACCUCAAGGUAGUGCAGGCUUAAUGGGAAGCCCGGGAGCAAAAGGAGAGCCUGGGGAGGUGUUCUUUGAGCCAAGGCUAAAAGGGGAUAAAGGAGAGUCAGGAUUACCUGGACAUCCGGGAGCACCUGGAAGAGAGGGAAGACCUGGCAUUGAUGGGCAACAAGGACUACCAGGUUCAAAAGGUGUAGCGGGAACAAUAGGAGCAAAAGGUGAACAAGGACUUCCUGGUGAUAGGGGAUCUCCUGGAAACCCUGGAGAACGAGGAUUUCCAGGACCAGCUGGCACAGGAACUUCUGGACUACCUGGUGAAAAAGGAGAACCUGGCGUACCUGGAUUUGUCGGCAUACCUGGUACACCUGGUGCAAAAGGUGAACCUGGAAAAGCUAUAAUUAAAACUGGGCCACCGGGACCAAUGGGCGGUGCAGGCAUUCCUGGUUUUCCAGGAGAUCAAGGUGAAAAAGGAUCUCCAGGACAUCCUGGAAGGCCAGGAUCCCAGGGAGAGAAAGGAGAACCUGGUUUACCUGGUGUAGGGUAUCCUGGGCCUUCUGGUGAAAAAGGUUUUCAAGGAAUGCCAGGCACACCUGGUCAAGCUGGUUUUCCCGGUCCCCAGGGAGUUGAUGGAUUACCAGGUUUAAGAGGGGACCCUGGACCAAAAGGGGAACCAGGUUUAGGUCUUCCGGGUCCAAAAGGAGUGCAAGGACCACCUGGACCUGUUGGAAUUCCUGGAGAUAAAGGAAAUCCUGGAGCAUCAGGUGUGCCAGGAGAGCAGGGAUUUUCAGGUGUUCCUGGCCAUCCAGGACACAAAGGUGAAGCUGGCAUUGUGGGUGUUCCAGGAAUUCAAGGUCCUCCAGGUGUACCUGGCAUGGGACCUAAGGGGCAGCAAGGAUCUUCGGGACCACAAGGUCUUUCAGGAUUUCCAGGACCUGCGGGAGUUAAAGGAGAACGAGGAUAUGCUGGUUUCCCAGGAUUAGAUAUGCCAGGACCAAAGGGAGACAAAGGGAAUAUAGGAUCACCAGGACCCACGGGUGCUACAGGAAUUCCAGGCCAGCCAGGUGCACCAGGGAAAGAGGGUCUUCCAGGUUUUCCAGGACCAAAGGGAGAAAUGGGUGUCAUGGGAAUGCCAGGAAGCAUUGGACAACCAGGAGCCCCAGGCAGCCCAGGAGCAUUAGGUGAAAAAGGUGAUGCUGGUCCUUUUGGGCCUCCUGGCACAUCUGGAUAUCCAGGGACAAAAGGUGAAAAGGGUGAAGAAGGAUUGCGUGGUGAACCUGGUAAAAUGUCAGAAACUGACAAGGAAACUAUGAAGGGUAGCAAAGGAGAAAAGGGAGAAAGAGGUGAGAUUGGCAUCUCUGGAGAAAAGGGAUCUUUAGGUGAUUUUGGCAGCCCAGGAAUGCCCGGAAAAGAUGGACAGCAAGGAGUACAAGGAGAGUCAGGACCUAAAGGAGAAAAGGGUUCACAAGGAAUAAAAGGAAGCCAAGGACUUCAAGGACAAAAGGGAUCUAUAGGAGAGAUGGGUUUGCCAGGGCCUACUGGAGAAAAGGGUCAACACGGUAUUUCAGGAUCCCCAGGAAGCCCUGGUUUGGGAGGAAUAAAGGGAGAAAAGGGACUAAAGGGUGAAGUGGGUCUUCCAGGUAUCGGCAUUCCAGGGGUACCUGGUGUCAAGGGAGAUGCUGGAAGAGAUGGGCCUCAUGGGUUACCAGGUGAAAGGGGAGAUAAAGGAGAUGUUGGUAUUCCAGGAAUGCCAGGAUUUCCAGGUUCCAAAGGAGCCACAGGCCAUGCAGGCAUCCCAGGUAGCCCAGGACUUCCAGGAGAAAAAGGUGCCAAAGGGACCCAUGGAUUGGUGGGCAUUCCAGGCCAAAAAGGACUAACAGGUGAUUCUGGUGUUCAAGGUCCCCCUGGCCAUUCUGGAGAGAAAGGUGAACCUGGUUAUGAUGGAAUUCCAGGAUCACCUGGUGAGAAGGGAGAAGCAGGCAUACCUGGUAGGGGGCUUCCAGGACAUCCAGGAGAACAUGGAGAAAAAGGUUCCAAAGGUGACAUUGGCUUCCCCGGUGCACCUGGAAUUUCUGGUGUCCCAGGUAUCAAAGGCGAUCAAGGAUUGCCUGGUUUCCAGGGCCCUCAAGGGCCCCCUGGGUUCCCUGGGCCUUCAGGAAUACCAAUGGAAGGCCCUAAAGGUGAAAAAGGACAGCCAGGUCAAGCAGGAUAUCCAGGUUCUCCAGGCCCUGUUGGACUUCCAGGUCAUACUGGACAGGAUGGUUUAAAAGGUGAAAAAGGAGAAAGAGGAUGGCCUGGAGCACUUGGUUUUCAAGGGAUUAAAGGAGACACUGGAAAUCAAGGACCAUCAGGAGAUGCAGGCCCUUCAGGUAUUACUGGUCAAAAAGGAGAUACAGGACCUCCAGGAAUUCCAGGGUUUCCAGGUUUAAAAGGUUCUUUAGGUAUAUCUGGAGAAAAAGGUGAUCGUGGUGACCAAGGGAUAACUGGACCCAAAGGUGACUUAGGUCCUCCUGGACCUGCUGGUACACACACUGUCACUAAAGGAGAAUCCGGAGAACCUGGACCUCAGGGUCCUUCUGGUCCUAGAGGAAUUCAAGGAUUGCCUGGUCCAAAAGGCGACAAAGGUGUAACUGGUGCUUCUGGGCUGCCUGGACCAAGUGGUAUACCAGGGAUACAUGGCACCCCAGGACAAAAAGGAGAGACUGGACCAAGUGGUCCAACAGGUCAGACAGGAUACCCUGGCCCCCCAGGCAGUGAUGGCUUGCCUGGACCUAUAGGCUUGCCUGGAUCACCAUCUAUGGCUCAUGGUUUUCUUGUUACAAGACACAGUCAGACAACGGAAACACCACAAUGUCCUUUUGGAACAACUGCUGUUUAUAGUGGAUAUUCACUGCUCUAUGUGCAAGGCAAUGAAAGAGCACAUGGUCAGGACUUGGGGGCUUCUGGGAGUUGUCUUCGUAAAUUUAGCACAAUGCCUUUCCUCUUCUGCAAUAUUAAUAAUGUCUGCAACUUUGCUUCAAGGAAUGACUACUCUUAUUGGCUUUCCACCCCAGAACCAAUGCCAAUGAGCAUGGCUCCUAUCACAGGGGACGGUAUUAAACCUUUCAUCAGUAGGUGCACUGUGUGUGAGGUUCCUGCCAUGGUGAUGGCUGUUCAUAGUCAAACUAUUCAGAUACCUCAGUGCCCAGAUGGAUGGAUUUCACUAUGGAUUGGGUAUUCUUUUGUGAUGCAAACUAGUGCUGGUGCUGAAGGCUCAGGGCAAGCUCUGGCAUCCCCAGGAUCCUGUCUAGAAGAGUUCAGGAGUGUACCAUUUAUUGAGUGCCAUGGGCGUGGAACCUGUAACUACUAUGCCAAUACAUACAGCUUCUGGCUUGCAACAAUAGAGAAGAAUGAAAUGUUUAAAAAACCAACACCUUCAACGCUAAAGGCUGGAGAUCUACGCACACAUGUUAGCCGCUGCCAAGUUUGCAUGAGAAGGACAUCAUAAUGCUUCCUACUUUCCCUCAAAGAUAUGGUGCUAUUUGUUUAACAUGAAAAAGUCUACAAGUACUAUAUACCUGUACCUCACUAUUGUACAAUACAAAAGCAAGUAAAGUGCAUUUUAAGAACUCUCAUAAUUAACUCUGUUCUACCAAUUUUUGUCUGCCUCAAGAAAACAUCAAGACAAGCUCUGUCUAUGACAUGCAAAAUAGCACUUUUGAUGCAUUAAAUUAUAUACAUUAUAUAAUGUCAAGCACUGAUGAAAAAAACAGCAAUAGCUGAGUUCUUAUGUAAUAAGGUGCUAGGAGAUUUGCAGUACCUUUAUGCUGUGUUACUCCUCUUUAUUGUAUUAUAACAUCAGGUUAUUUUUCAGAAAUAUAAAUAUUUGUUGAAAUUAUUGUAUAAUUGCUUUAACUAGACUGUGCUUUUCCUGUCUGUACAAAGUUAGAUGUUGAGAUAUGUGAUUUUAUAGCUGAAAAUGGGACAGAGAGAAAUGUUUUCUACAGCUUGGCUUACUAGAAUGUCAUAUUUAAAUGAAAGCAACUAACAUAAAAAAACACACACGAAUAUCACUAUUGUAAAUAGUACUCUUGUUAAAAAGACAUUGCUUUGAACUGGAGUGCCGCAGAAAUAUUCAUCAAAUGAAUAAAUCUAGAAUUGAUUCCUUAACAGAAA